AUGGAUUGUAAGCCAGCUAUCACGACAGUCUCUCUUGGGUCAUGCGAGUUCCACAGCAUCACCGACAAGAUUGACGAAGCCGCCCGAAACGGAUUCAAGGCAAUCGAACUCUUCAUCGACGAUCUUGAGGCCCUCGCCAAAGAUAUCAGCGCUGCGCCUACCACCUCGGCCCCUUCUCGUGACUCCGUAUUAGCCGCUGCCCGACAGAUUCGCCAGCAGUGUGACCGAUUAAACAUUGUCAUUCUCAACCUCCAACCCCUACGCUUCUACGAAGGCCUGGUUAACCGGAAAAAGCGCGACCAAAUACUAGACGAGGUGCUUCCGAUAUGGAUGGACGCGCUCACAAUCCUCGGCGCAGACACUAUUCUAGUCCCCUCGAACUUCCUCCCCGAAGACCCAGCCACCGGGCUUCCGCAGACAGUCCGCGACUUGGACAUAAUCGUCGAGGACCUCCGUGAACUAGCUGCACGAGGCGCGCAACACGAAUCCUCGAUCAAAUUCGCCUACGAGGCCCUCGCCUGGGGCACGCACGUGAACACAUGGGAAAAGUCCUGGGAAAUCGUGCAGGCAGUCAACCGGCCGAAUUUCGGUCUCGCGCUGGAUACAUUCAACAUCGCCGGCGCCGUCUACGCCGAUCCAACCACAAAAGACGGUCGCGUUGCGGACACGGCUGAGACCGAUCUGACCGCUUCACUGGGGCGUAUGGCGUCUACUUUGGAUAUCAGCAAGCUGUUCAUCGUGCAGAUAGCUGACGGGGAACGUCUCAGCGAGCCCCUCCACCCGGGCCACCCUUUCUAUGUGGAGGGCCAGCCCAGUCGACUAAGCUGGUCCCGAAACUGCCGGCUUUUCCUGUGUGAGUCCGACCGUGGUGGGUUCUUGCCUGUUCUCAGUAUACUCAAGGCUAUCCUCGAUCUCGGCUGGACGGGGUACCUUGCGUACGAGGUCUUCUCGCGUUCGUUGGCGGAUAGUGAUCACCGGACUCCGGCGCGGCAUGCAGAGAGGGCGAAGCGGUCCUGGCAGCAGCUACGCGAUAUUGCCGAGAGCAAGAGGGAUCAGUCUAAAUCCCCAGCUCGAUCUAAAUCCCCAGCUGCCGGUGGCUUUGAAUUACCUGGAAUGGGAUUCCUGGAGACAGUGGUGCACGAGGUAGAGAAAGGGGUGGACGUAGGACUUUCACUUGGAGGCAUUGUAAUAUAA